GCCACAGGGUCGGCCCCCGGUUACUUUGUAUAACACUUAAAAGGAGUUGCUAACUUUAAAAAAGAAAGAAAGAAACACUGUUUCUGGAGCUUUGUGAGGCAUUGGCUUGGGAUGAGGUUUUCUUAGAAGAGGAGCGCUUUGUUAUACGUGUAGGUGAAAGCCGACCAACUGGAUAUGAGUGACAUUUUCCUAUACGGUGCAAAGUAAGAAAAUAGAAGUCAAAGAUCAUGGGAGAUGCAGCAAAACCUUAUUUUAUGAAGCGCGUUAAAGACCGAGGGACUGUUGAUGAUGAUGAUUUCAGAAGGGGUCACCCCCAACAAGAUUAUUUAAUAAUGGAUGAUUAUGCUAAGGGCCAUAGCAGUAAAAUGGAAAAAGGCCUCCAAAAAAAGAAGAUAACACCAGGGAACUAUGGAAAUACCCCCAGGAAAGGACCCUAUGCUGUUUCCAGCAAUCCGUAUGCAUUUAAAAACCCAAUUUACAGUCAACCCCCUUGGAUAAAUGACAACCACAAAGAUCAAAGUAAGAGAUGGCUACCUGAUGAACUUAUUGGUAAUUCAGACAAUUGGAGGGAAUUCAAACCUGGACCUAGAAUUCCUGUUGUAAGCCGACCAAGAAAAGACUCCUUUCAAGAGAGUGAAGAUGGUUAUAGGUGGCAGGAUGGAAGAGGCUGCAAAACUGUAAGACGACUGUUUCAUAAAGACCUAACAAGCCUGGAAACCAUGUCGGAAAUGGAAGCAGGAAGUCCUGAAAACAAGAAGCAAAGGUCCAGACCUAGGAAGCCACAGAGGACUAGAAAUGAGGAAAAUGAGCAGGAUGGAGACUUGGAAGGCCCUGUGAUUGAUGAGUCUGUGCUUUCAACGAAGGAGCUACUGGGCUUACAGCAGGCUGAGGAGCGAUUGAAAAGAGACUGCAUUGACAGGCUAAAAAGGCGACCACGGAACUACCCUACAGCAAAGUACACCUGCAAACUCUGUGAUGUUUUAAUUGAAUCCAUUGCAUUUGCUCAUAAGCAUAUCAAAGAGAAGAGGCACAAAAAAAAUAUUAAGGAGAAGCAAGAGGAAGAGCUGCUUACCACGUUACCCCCGCCAACACACUCCCAGAUAAACGCAAUUGGCAUUGCUAUUGACAGAGUGGUACAGGAGCUCGGCUUACACAAUGAAAACUUAGAAGAGAGGCUAGAAAUUAAAUGUAUCAUGGAAAAUGUGUUCCAACACAAAUUACCAGAUUGUUCUUUAAGAUUAUAUGGGUCAUCCUGUAGCAGUUUGGGUUUCAAAAAUUCGGAUGUAAACAUUGACAUUCAGUUUCCAGCCAUUAUGUCUCAGCCAGAUGUCCUCUUACUUGUUCAAGAAUGUUUAAAGAACAGUGACUCUUUUAUUGAUGUUGAUGCAGAUUUCCAUGCUAGGGUGCCAGUGGUGGUGUGCAGAGAAAAGCAGAGUGGUCUUCUUUGUAAAGUGAGUGCAGGAAAUGAAAAUGCUUGUCUAACAACAAAGCAUUUAACUGCCCUUGGAAAACUAGAACCAAAGCUGGUUCCUUUGGUGAUUGCAUUUAGGUACUGGGCAAAGCUUUGCAGUAUAGAUUGCCCUGAAGAAGGAGGCCUGCCACCUUAUGUGUUUGCCCUGAUGGCCAUUUUUUUCCUUCAACAGAGGAAAGAACCCCUUCUACCUGUUUAUCUGGGAUCAUGGAUUGAAGGAUUCUCAUUAAAUAAACUAGGGAACUUCAGCCUUAAAGACAUUGAAAAAGACUUUGUGGUCUGGGAGUACACUGAUAAUGCUGCAGGGGACACAGCAAAAGAAGAGGCACCAAAAGAAAUUCCGGUUAAAAGGGGACAGGUGUCAUUAAUAUUUGAUGUAAAACACCAGCCUUCAGUACAAGUUGGGCAGCUCUGGGUGGAAUUGCUGCGCUUCUAUGCUUUAGAAUUUAAUUUGGCUGAUUUAGUGAUAAGUAUCCGUGUCAAAGAAUCAAUAUCUCGGGAAUCAAAGGAUUGGCCCAAAAAGCGCAUUGCCAUUGAAGAUCCUUACUCUGUUAAAAGAAAUGUGGCAAGGACCCUAAAUAAUCAACCCGUGUUUGAAUAUAUACUUCACUGUUUAAGGACAACGUAUAAAUAUUUUGCUCUUCCACACAAAAUUUCAAAAUCCAGCCUUCCAAAGCCUCUGAGUGCAGUUACGUGUGUUUCAGAACAUUCUAAAGAGUUAGUAAAUCAUGAUCCAGAUGUACAAACAAAAGAUGAUAAACUCAAAAAUUCAGUUUGGACCCAAGGUCCUGCUGCCAACAGUUCAACUGCAUGUACCUGCAAGGUACAACCACUUACUCUUAAAGAGACUACUGAAAACUUUGGAAGCCCACCAGUGAAAGAAGUGGAAAGUGUACACACAAGCAUCCACCUGGAAAACUCAGAUUGUGUUCAGGCAGAGACCAGUUGUCAUGAUUAUGAGGAUGUUCAAGUACACCAUCAAGAAACAAUAAAAAAUGGGAAAGAGAAAAUUGGAAGGAAGGUCAAGCAUCCUCUGACUGCUGAUGGUCAAGGUUUAAGCAGCAGCCAAUGUGAAGAACCCAUAAUCUGUGACAGCACAUAUAAUAAUGAGACAGACAGCACUUUGGAUUUAGAAGGUCUCCCCAGUCCUAUAGCUAAAGGGUGUGAUGGAUUUGCUACUUUAGAUGACAAGGCUGAUGUUGAUGAAGAAAGUGUAGAAGGUACUGAUGAACUAGAAGACUCUCUAAACUACUUUGCCCCUUUAGUACAGGGCCAGACAUCAGAAAUCAUUCACUCUGAUGAGGAGGAGGAGGAAGAGGAAGAAGAACAUAGGCUCAGCAGUAAUCGAAGGGAAGAAAAGGAUGGCAUCGCUCAUGAAGAUGAGUUAGACAACACCUACACUGGAUCAGGGGAUGAGGAUGCUCUCUCUGAAGAGGAAGACGAAUUAGGCAAGCCUGCUAAGCGUGAUGACUUGAAAGCAGGUGGAAGACAUGUAGAUGGAGCUCUACUAACAGAACUUAAUAAAAUCAGUCUUAAAGAAGAAAAUGUAUGCAAGGAAAAUUCACCUGUGGAUCAUUCUGGUUUCUUCUAUGAAUUUAGUAAACUUAUCUUCACUAAAGGCAAGUCUCCUACAGUAGUGUGCAGCUUAUGCAAACGAGAGGGUCAUCUGAAAAAGGACUGUCCCGAAGACUUCAAAAGAAUCCAGCUGGAACCUUUGCCACCAUUAACACCCAAGUUUUCAAAUAUCUUAGAUCAAGUUUGUAUCCAGUGUUACAAGGAUUUUUCUCCAACUAUUUUAGAAGAUCAGGCUCGUGAACAUAUUCGGCAAAACCUAGAAAAUUUCAUAAAACAGGACUUUCCAGGAACUAAAUUGAGCUUGUUUGGCUCCUCCAAAAAUGGAUUUGGGUUCAAACAGAGUGACCUUGACGUCUGUAUGACAAUUAAUGGACUUGAAACUGCUGAGGGCUUGGACUGUGUAAGAACUAUUGAAGAACUGGCGAGAGUUCUCAGAAAACAUCCAGGUAUUUUAUUGGGUGCCUACUAUGUGCCCAGCACUUACAGAUGGUGGAAAAAUAAAAUCUGUGCAAGUCUUUCCUUUGACAGCUUAUCGACUUUAGAAGAGGCCCUUCACAACACAAGGCUUUUAUCUGCUUAUUCAGCCAUUGAUCCCAGAGUAAAAUAUUUGUGCUAUACCAUGAAAGUAUUUACAAAGAUGUGUGACAUUGGUGAUGCAUCUAGAGGCAGCUUAUCAUCAUAUGCAUACACUCUUAUGGUGCUAUAUUUUCUCCAGCAGAGGAAUCCACCAGUCAUUCCUGUCCUUCAAGAGAUAUACAAAGGUGAAAAGAAACCUGAAAUAUUUGUUGAUGGCUGGAAUAUUUAUUUUUUUGAUCAAAUGGAUGAACUGCCUACCUAUUGGCCAGAAUAUGGAAAAAAUACAGAAUCUGUUGGACAACUAUGGUUGGGACUUCUUCGUUUCUACACAGAGGAAUUUGAUUUUAAAGAACAUGUUAUUAGCAUCAGGAGAAAAAGUCUGCUUACAACUUUUAAGAAACAGUGGACCUCAAAAUACAUUGUUAUUGAAGAUCCCUUUGAUUUGAAUCAUAAUCUUGGAGCUGGAUUAUCAAGGAAAAUGACAAAUUUUAUAAUGAAAGCUUUUAUCAAUGGUAGAAGAGUAUUUGGUAUUCCAGUCAAAGGAUUGCCAAAAGACUACCCCUCAAAAAUGGAGUAUUUUUUUGAUCCAGAUGUACUAACUGAGGGAGAGCUGGCCCCAAAUGAUAGAUGUUGUCGAAUUUGUGGGAAAAUUGGACACUUCAUGAAGGACUGUCCUAUGAGGAGAAAAGUACGGCGACGGCGAGAUCAGGAAGAUACCCUGAACCAAAGAUACCCUGAGAACAAAGAAAAAAGAAGCAAAGAGGACAAAGAAAUUCAAAACAAGUACACAGAAAGAGAGGUGCCAACAAGAGAAGAUAAGCCCAUGCAGUGCACACCUCAGAAAGCCAAACCAGUGAGGGUAGCAGUCGACCUGGGGAGGGAGAAGGUUAUCAGGCCAUCAGUGGAAAAAUGGAAGAGACAGGAUGACAAAGACUUGAGAGAAAAACGUUGUUUUAUUUGUGGAAGAGAAGGGCACAUUAAAAAGGAAUGCCCACAGUUUAAAGGCUCUGCAGGUAGCCUUUCCAGUAAAUAUAUGACUCAGGGAAAAGCCUCAGCGAAGAGGACCCAGCAGGAAUCAUGAGGGAAGGAAAAUGCAGCUCUCUAAAUGACCACUCAGGCGUUCCUAUUCACUUGGAAAAUUAGGUUCAUUUUACAGGACACGGCAGCAUAGAUCAGGCUUCAAUUUAACAUUUAAGGGAAAUGUCAGAUUUUUUUUUUAAUUUAAUGAAAUUGUUAAUGAGGAAAAAAAUUUUUAAUAUAGUGUUAUCUACGACAAAUCCCCAUAGAUUUAAAGUUUUUAAUAGAAAGCCAUGAUGUAUGUGUUUAAACAGGUUAAAAGAAAAAAAUGUAACUGUGGGCCAGUAUUCAGUGAAUACAGUUUCAUGGUUUUUAAUUCUUUCAAAGCACACUAAAACUGGUGUGCUAAUAAACCCCAAGUAAAUUAACCCCUUUUUCCCUUUAAAACUCUUUUUUGUUUUGAAGAGGGGAAAUUAUAUUUAUUGUCGUUUACUGAAUCCUUGUGUGAAAGCGUAUCAAAUAUAUGUGAACUGCUACUACUGUACUUAUGAAUUACAAACAUUAUUUUAUUGCUCUUUGUAGAAGUGAUAACAUGAAAAUGAGUAUUUAUGAGAACCUUCAGUGGAUGAGCAGUGCCACUGAGAAGUCUCUGGGUUUUUCCCUCUCUAAUUUUAAGUAAGCUGACAUAUAACUGCUAUGCUCAUAAAAAUGAAGUAAGGAAAACAAGUCGUUCUGUUUGCCGCUAAAAACAUUUUCAAAGAAAAAAAUGACAAAAGUGCUUUUUACAUUUUAUGAUAAUCAGAAAUUAAGGUGGAGAACUUCUAAAAAUCCCUGAAGAUCAAAGAGGCUAUCUCUGCCAAUCACAGGUUUGGCUGGUAUCAUUCUGGGUCAGAUUGGAGCCUUCAUGGGACUGUUUCUGUAUUUCACAAGCCCUUCCGAAGUAGUACAUGGUCAGAACUAUGCCUCGGUUUAUCAUUUUGAAAUAAAAUCAAAAUUUCAAUGUGUAA